UGUCCGUGUCCGGGGCGUGUCCGUGUCCAUGGGCGUGUCCGUGCCCGGGCCUGUCGGUGUCCGGGGCUGGGGGCGGCCAUGGCGCGGGUGCUGGUGGUGGGCGCGGGGCUGACGGGCGCGGCGGGCGCGGCGCUGCUGCGCGGGGCCCCGCGGGGACAGCUGGCCGUCUGGGACAAGGCGCGGGGCGCAGGGGGCCGCAUGAGCACGACCCGCUCCGACCGCGGCAGCGCCGACCUGGGCGCGCAGUUCGUCACCUGCGAGCCGGAGCUUGCGGGGCCGCGGCUCAGCUUCUACGAGGAGCUUGUGUCUCACGGCAUCCUGAAGCCACUGACGGCUCCCGUGGAAGGAAUGGUGGUGAGAGAAGGCUCCCGCAAUUACGUGGCACCCCAGGGCAUCUCCUCGGUUGUCAAGUACUACUUAAAACAGUCAGCAGGUGCAGAUGUGUCCUACGAGCAGCACGUAACUCACAUCUCCCUGCGGGAUGGCAGGUGGGAAGUCUCCAGGAAAGAGGGGCCCCCGGAACUCUUCGAUGUGGUAAUCCUCACCAUGCCUGUCCCACAGAUUCUCCAGCUGCAAGGUGACAUUGUCAACAUAAUUAAUGAAAGUCAAAUGCAGCAACUGGAAUCUGUGAGCUACUCAUCCCGCUACGCCCUGGGGCUGUUUUACGAGGCUGGCACAGGGAUUGCUGUCCCCUGGGCUGCUCACUACAUCGCCGAUAAUCCCUGCAUACGCUUCAUCUCCAUCGAUAACAAGAAGCGCAAUAUAGAGUCUCCUGAAGUUGGGCCCUCGGUGGUGGUGCACACGACUGUGGCCUUUGGCAGCGAGCACCUGGAGUCAGACCCUGCAGAGGUGCAGCAGGUCAUCCUCAGCCACCUGCAGAGGAUUGUGCCCUCCCUGCCUAAACCCAGCAGCAUCAAGUGCCAGAGAUGGAGAUACUCCCAGGUUACAAGAGCUGUGCCCAAUUGUCCAGGACAGAUGGUUCUCCACACUCAGCCUCUCCUGAUCUGUGGGGGUGAUGGAUUCACUCGUUCCAACUUCGAUGGCUGCAUAGAGUCUGCUGUGAGCCUUGCAGAGGCUGUGAAGCCUCAUUUACAGCAAUUUCAAAGCCAGGCUGCCAAACUUCCUCUAGAUUUGUUAUGAAUUUUGCUGGGAUGGGUUGAAUUUAAGUUUAACAUCAGUGUCGUCUCGCUAAAAACAAAUAAAAGAAGAUGUAGCUGUGUGCUGGAAUAAUUAUUAGGAUGGAAUUAAACUGAAUUUUCCAGUAUCUGUGCUGAGAGUGGUUACUUUGAUUGAACUAAGACUUUCCCUGGCUCUUGGCAGAGGCACGGAGCUCCAGCACUCUUGCUGGGCCUCCUGAUACUUCUACAGCCCAUGAAAAUUUUGUCAAGGAGAGGAGCCUGACUUGAAGCAGCACAAAAAUCCAUGAAGCUACAGAGUUUAUUCCUUGAAAACUCCUUAUUUACUCCUUGUCCUAGAGACAGGUCAAGGGGAAUGGCUUUGCACUGCCAGAGGGCAGAGUUAGGUGGGACACUGGGCAGGAAUUGUUCCCUGGCAGGGUGGGCAGGCCCUGGCACAGGGUGCCCAGAGCAGCUGUGGCUGCCCCUGCAUCCCUGGCAGUGUCCAAGGCCAGGCUGGACUUUGGGGCUUGGAUCACCCUGGGACAGUGGAAGAUGUCCCUGCCAUGGCAGGGGUGGCACUGGAUGGGCUCAGAAAUUACUCAGAAAUUACUCAGAAAUUACCAAGAAAUAAUAUUUAUUUAUUCUAAAUUGGAUUUUAACUUUUCCUUCGUCUUCAAUCAUGUAUCACAAGUCUAGUAUCUGUCUACCACAGUACUAAAAAUAACAAAAAGCAGACAGAAUUUAAACCAUUAGAGGAGUACAAUUCAGCCUCUGUUUUUCUUAUUUUACCCCUGCAUUUCACCCAAAUCUCACAUCCUGUAUCACAGCACCUGACCACUGUGAUUUACUGCCUUUGGCCAUUUAUAGUGGAGUAUUUUAAGGGACACUAAGAAUUUAAGACUUGUUAAUUUUAAAAGUAGGCAGAAAACUGGAUGUGAGGCAUCUUUGGCUCAGCACUAUGUUGUUCCUCUCAGGUGGUUGUUCUCUGAAGAGCUGUGAUGCUCUUUCAGGAGCUCUGUGUUACCAGCAGCCUCUGAUACCAGGAGUGACAGGAGAUUCUCUGGCUCUGUCCUUGCAGCAGUCUCUGAGCCUUGAUCACCCUGAAGCCUCAAAGUACCCGAGUCACAGAUUCAGAGAUGUUUUUUGAGUCAUGAAAUUUUUCAGUUUGGAGCUUUUUUGAAUCCUGGAGAGUCUCAAACUGCUCCUUCCUCAUAUCCCAGAAUCAUGGAGGUGGGAAAAUCCCUCCCAGCCCAUGCAGUCCACCCUGUACCUCAUGCUGCCCACCUUGUCCCCAGCCCAGGGCACUCAGUGCCACCUCCAGCCCUUCCUUGGACACCUCCAGCCAUGAGCACUGCAACCCUCCCUGGGCAGCCCCUGCUGAGGCCUGAGCUCCCUUUCCAUGCACAAAUUCCUCCUGAAAAUAUCAUGCCAGUCUACCAAAACACCUCUGUUCUGCAGCAUGCCUCCAGCUUAAGAUGCUUUAGAUAAAAACUGCUUGGGGUUUUUUUAACAUGGAGAGGAAAAGCUGUUGGAUGUGAUCCUGUGGAUGUGCUCCGGGCUGCGGGAGCGCUGGGAGCAGGGAGAUGUGGAAUUCCCUCACGAGGCGGGUGACAGGGUGAUGUUUCAAAGAGGCCACUGUAUGCAGAAGGGUGGCAACAGAAGAGACUUGUCUGGUUGAUUUCCUGGGCUUUUCCCUGAUUUUUGAUUAACUGGCAGAUUGGAUGUUCCAGCCGCUCACUCCUUGUUCCCAGACAAGGGGGAUGCCUGUGUCUGGUCUCAUCUGUGCCACGAGCCCAGCCACUGCCUGGAGUGCCACUGGAGCCUCCCAGCUCCCAGACCACGAUGUUCUUGUGUUCCUCAUCACAAGGGAAGCCAGGGCCACGGCUUCUCAAAGCCUCGCAGCUCCCAGCUGUGGUGACUUCCACCCAGGGAACACCCCUGGGCAGGGCUGGCCCGUGGCUCCCUGUGCAGCCCCUGGGAUCAGGGAAUGUGGGAACAAGGCUGCAAUGGAUGGAUCUGCCAGUUAAUCAAAAGUCACGUCCAUCCAGGGAAAAUCCCAGGAAAUCAACCAGACAAGUCUCUUCUGUCUCCAGAGACCUGGGCUGUGAUUUUGUGCAAGCAUAUGAAAAUAAAUAAAUUAAGAGAUUAAUUUAGUUUUG